UUGGCUCUGAGGGCGGAAUCGCUUUUAUCGUGAUAUUACACUUUGAGAGGAGUCCCUCCGCCAUAGCGACCGUGUGACCCUUGAGGCUCAAUUCUGAGCAUUGCAGGACUUUUAUGCAUUUCUGUGACAUGUUAGGAGGAGCCUGAAUCGGUUCGUCGCUGCGAUGUUGUCUCUUGUGAAGCCCAUGCCAGUCCCGCGGGGAUUUUUGCAUCCCUGUGAAUUGUCGCCAUGCUGCUUUGCGCAGCCGAGUAGCAUUGGUUGUGGAGGAUUGAGUAGAGUCUUGACGACGCGGAGGGCUCAGCGUCGGUGUACAGGGCACAUUGCGGACGAAAUUCGAUGGAGUUUGUUGUCAUUCAGCAGCCAAUGGACACCUAUAAAGCUGAAAUUGUCUGGAAAUGGGUUUGGCAGCAGUGUGAGGAGUGCAAAGCGGCAUUCUCCCCUGAGAGUGUGCGCGAAAGUGCAGGCAAUGGAUUACACUGUACUGAAGGCUGUAUGCUCAGAGUUGUCAACGACGUGGACACCUGCCAAAAUGGAGAAAAUAGUGCAACCAGAUAGGUUUACGCUCUUGAUUGCCAUUCGCACGCUUGAGGAAUCAGGCUGGUUACGCUUGUGCUGGAACCCGGCUUGUGCACACGUCAGUGUUGGAGAUCCACCAGGUGGUGCUCCCUCAAUAGCUGAAGCCUUCUCGUUUGGAGAGCAGCUCCGUCACCUCCUCAAGGGCCUUGCAAUUAUAGAGGUGCGAAUUCCACAGGAACUGGAGAGGGUAAUAGAAUUGAGACUUGGGGCUAGGCCAUCUGAUCCGCCAUCUAAGCAUUUAUUUGUGGAGAUUAUGGGACGGUACAGCAAUGUUUUUCUAACAAAUGCAGACAUGGGAGUCCUUGCAUGUGCGUAUCAGGUUGGAUCAAAGAUGACGAGCGUUAGAAUGGUACAAGUUGGAGGGACUUACCGUAUGCCCCCAGCAGCUCAAGGUUCUUUUCCGUCAAUUUCGAUGGGGAUGGCGGAGUGGAAACUCAUCACGCGCGCUACUCAAGAAGACAAGCUUCAAAAUAGUUUGAUUCAAGCAUUUCGUGGAGUUGGCCCUGGACUGGCGGUAGAACUUAUCUCUCGGAGUGGAUUAAGCCCUUCGAUGGAUCCUGCAGCAAUGACUGAGGAUGAAUGGUUUUCCCUGCAUGUCGUAUGGUUAGAUUGGCUUAGGGUUUUGGAAGAAUCAACUUUCAAGCCGGGCCUCGUUAGGAGCACAGGGUCAUAUAGCGUAUUAGGUGGAGAUGGCCCAUACAUACUUUCUACUGAUCAAGACUCUGAGGAUGCGGCGACUGGCAUACUCGCUAUGCUGGAUGAUUAUUACACCAGGGUUUAUGAGACUGAAAAGUUCCAGCAGCUACGACAGCAGCUGGUCGCGAAAGUCAGCGCGGCCACUAAAAAAGCGCAAUCCAAGGUUAACCUGUUCGAGGACCAGAUCAAAGCAUCCAUGGAAUACAGUAAAAUUUCCAAAAUGGCAGACCUUCUGAUGGCCAACUUGCAUGUGUGCGAACCUGGAGCUUUAUCAAUCACUCUACCUGAUUUUGAAACAGAGGAACCGACUACAAUUGCUCUAGAUCCACGUCAAACUGCACUCGUUACGGCUCAGAAACUGUAUAAGCGCAGUCAGAAGCUAAAGAAAUCUGAGAAAGCUGUUGCACCCUUGCUGGCAGAAGCCAGGGAUGAGCUCACAUAUUUGUCUCAGGUAGAAGUUUCUCUUCAGCAGCUGGACCGGUAUACACGUUCCACUGACUUGCGAAGCCUGGAAGAGGUGCGGGACGAGCUGGUCGAAGGAGCCUACUUAAAACCCAUCAUAGCAGGUACUCCACCUCCUUCAAGCAAGCGUAAGAAAAAAUCAUCACCCCUUGACAACUUCGCCGCAAACAUGCGUCGGUUUACCUCACCUUCAGGCUACGAAGUUCUUGUGGGUCGUAAUAAUCGGCAAAAUGAUGUGCUGGCCAACCGUGUGGCUACUGAAUAUGAUUUGUGGUUCCACGCUCGAAACAUUCCUGGGAGUCAUACGGUACUGCGGGUGCCGCCUGGACAGACUGCCACAGACGAGGAUUUGCAGUUUUCAGCUGACCUUGCAGCCUACUUUUCUAAGGCGCGAGGAAGUGGCAAAGUUCCAGUGUCGUAUACAAGUCCCAAAUAUCUUCAAAAGUUGAAAGGCGGCAAACCGGGCAUGGUAAAGGUGGAGAAAGAGACCGUCCUGCUCGGCCGGGCCUCAGAUUCUCCUGAAGGUCGCCAGUUGUUAGCAACUGCCUAGAUAUUUUUGUAGUUUUCCCUGGCCAAAAUUGGGCUAGCAGAAUUAAUUGAUUUCAGCAACCCCAAAGAAGUUCACGACUGAGGGUUCAUCAGCACUUUGUACCACCAAUUUUUUGAGUUGUCAACUUUAUAACCCUCCUUGUGUAUGCUACAUAAGUCUCCAUAUUGUGGCUGCAUUUUUCAACUGCUUCAGAGUUGCUGUGGCGCUAACGUAGUAUUCAACAAAGUAUCAGCGACGGGCGAGCUACAGCGUAUAGCAAGCUAAGACUGAAAAUGCGCAGCAUGAAGCCCUAGGGGACAUCCAGAUUUAAGGCGUCCAGUGGUUCCCAGAGACCGUUGCUUCAAAACCAGAAAUUAUGGCAGCUCCGCCACCAUUGUCACGCUCAGGGGAAGCUUGGUAAAGCUCGAGUCUUGCUCUAGCGCCAAUCCGUUCGCAGCUCAUCACAGGCCGAGUUAGUGACGUGCUCUGCAACCAUGCCACAGCCGAGAAAGAUAGUUGGAAGGUCUGCUAUAGAGGUGGCCUUCUCGGAGGGCGCCAGGAACUGGCCGUUCGUGUUCGGCUUCGCCUUCACCCUGGGCCUCGUCACCUGGGUGUCAUCUAAACUGGACCGUGAGUCUUAUUUGCUCUCGAUUCCAUAGCUUCUGCCUUGUAGCGAACGCCUGGCAUUAAUUCUUUCUCAUGACAUUGUGUCCGAUGCACUGACGAACACCAGGUUUUUUUUUGCAACAUGUGAUUUCAUAAUUUCUUCGUCCGUGGUUUCCGUGAAGGCCUCUUUUCAUCGAGUUUCUUGGUUUCUUUCUCCUGUCCGACACUCUUCAACAUGCAUGUGGACUGUAUUAUGUACAAACCUGCAUUUUUCUGCAACGGGCUCAUGAUCGUUGGAAUUCGAUCUUUACGGUGUUCGGGGUUGAAUUCUCUGCUUGGAGCUUUAUAAAAUAUUUGUCGUUGUUCCCCCUUUAAUGUUUUUCUCAUGCAAUGUCUUCCUUUCCUGGAAAAUGUGCUGCAUGUAGCUAAUGUAUGUACUUUCUUUUCUUGGACUCUGUUCGCACUGCGGUUCUUGACGUAGUUUAAUCGAUUGAGAAAGAGCUCUCGCGUGUUCUUUUGGAUUAUAGUGGAGGAAUAAUUCCUUUACCCUAAAGCUGGAGUGUCACACAGCUAAUGAUUGAAGCUUGAAUAUCUCUAGCACUACUCUCUUUCCAAGUAGGAUUUAUGUCUACAAAUGGGUUUCUUAAGGAAUUAACGUCCAGAGGUUAUUCCUUGUCAGGCCCGACCUCAGUCGUAGCCGAUCGAGUUCACUGGUUAUAUUUCACUGCUUUUUGGGCCAAAGAUGCGCGGAAGUCACCAUUCAUCAACCCCCAUGCGCACAGAUGAAUUGAAGAUGUUUGAUCCUCGAGAGAAAUUUGGGAACACAAUGCUGAAUCAGCACAUAUUAAAGCAAAUGGUACACUGACAGACCUGUGAGGUUGGUGCUGGGGUGAAGAUGAUGAAUGAUCAGGCAUUAGAUCGAGAAUUUCCAUUGUGUCACUCAGGUGAAGCCAGCUCCGGGGAAUCAGCCGCAUGAGGCCUGUGAUGGUUGCAAAGACUAUAAACUGAUGCUUGUGAAUUUUGCAUGAAAGAUUUUGUCAUCAGAACCUAACCAACAUGAAAGAAGUUUUGAAAAGAUUAAUGAGUUAGAGUUUUGCAUAA